AUGAAUAGUUCACAACAACAACAUGAAUUAAGUACAAUAUAUAAUGAAUAUUCAACAUAUUUUUCAAAAUGUUUAUUAAAUUUAGAUCAAAAUUAUAUUGAAAUUAUUACAAAAGAAGGUGAUGAAUUGAAGGUUGUAGUAAGUAAUCAAGGUUGGUCAAUUAAAAAUUCAAAUCCACUUGUUUAUGAAACUUUUGAAGCAUUAUUACAAACUAUAAGUCCUUCAUUUAGAGAUAAAUUUGGAAAUGAAUUGGCUAAUAGAUUAAAUUUAUUACUACAACAAGAAGAUGAUUAA